CCCCGCCCUUCCUCCCUGCCACAAUUUUGGCGAGGCUGCUCAUUUCCGUCCUCCCUCUUCAAAACGUACAGAAGACCUCCCCGCCGACAUCUCGCGGAUUUAUUGCGCUUGGUGCCGCAGAACUGUAACACCACACUUUGUCAGAAGCACCGACAAGAUCUGGAAAAAUGAGCAGAGGAGGUAGAGGAGGGUUUGGCGGUCGUGGAGGCGGAGGACGAGGGGGAGGCAGGGGCGGAUUUAUGCAGCGAGAUUUUGGCCCUCCCGACACAGUCCUUGAGAUGGGCUCAUUCCUGCACGCCGUCGAAGAUGAGAUGCUCUGCCAAUCCCUCAUGCCUGACAAGGUUCCGUACUUCAAUGCCCCCAUUUAUCUCGCGAACAAGUCUGUCAUCGGCAAGGUCGACGAGAUCCUCGGCCCGAUCAACGAGGUGUACUUCUCCAUAAAGAUGGAGCAGGGCAUGGUCGCGAGCAGCUUCAAGAAGGGUGACAAGGUGUAUAUCGGAGGGGACAAGCUGUUGCCAGUAGAGAGGUUCCUACCGAAACCGAAGGUCGCCGGAGGUGUAACAAAACGAGGUCGCGGAGGUCGCGGCGGCGCAGGCGGACGAGGACGAGGCGCACCAGGCGGGCGUGGUGGCUUCCAGAGAGGAGGCUCAAGAGGAGGUUUCCGAGGCGGCCCCAGAGGUGGUGGUUUCGGUGGUGGGUUCAGUGGUGGGUUCAGUGGUGGUCGUGGGGGCGGUCGCGGCGGGCCAAGUCGAGGGCGGGGUGGCUUUGGCGGUGGAGGAGGACGGGGCCGGGGCGGCUUCCGGGGCUCGUAGUCGGCGUGGAUGCUUCGCGUGCGACGUGUUGUUUUUUCUGUGCUGUAUGUAUACAUCUCUCUCCUUUUGCUGACUGUAUCUAUGAAGGUCAGGCGUGUUGUACAUGGGCUGGUAUCGAUACAGAGCGAUGCGUAGCGACGACAUCGGGUAUAGGCAUGUCGGAUCAAACAUCAAGGUUUGAGGGCUUUGAGUUCGGCCGCGACGACUUGGACGCGUUCUGAACGCUCCGACUGCAAGGGCACAGACUGAAGCACCGCGUUGAGUCUCAUGAGGCGGCGAAUGAGUGAAAGGGCUGACCUGCUUCAGCUCCUCCGAUAUUGCGUUGACCUGCAUGGCGACCUGUUGUAUGUUCUCGUAAGUGGUGGGAGGCA